ACUAUACAGUGCAAACUGGUUUCAAGAUAGUAAGAGACAAAAAUGAGAAGUCUAGAGUAACAGCCCAUUGUGCUGCUGAGGGCUGCCCUUGGAGAAUUCAUGCAUCUCCACUUCCAGAUGGAAUCACCUACAAGAUUAAAACCUUAGUACCUACUCAAACAUGUAGCAGGAUGAACACAAGCACUGAACCUACUUCAACUUGGAUUGCUAAAAAAAUGGUUGAAAGUUUUAAGGACAAUCCACACAUGGGCUUAGAUACCAUGCAAGUGAAACUAAAUAAAAUGUUUGGGAUUGAGGCUUCAAGAAUGCAACUGUAUAGAGCCAGAAGGAGGUGCAAGGAGGAGCUGGAGGGUGAUCAUGUGAGCCAAUAUGUGUUGUUGCCAACAUAUGUUGAGGAAAUCAACAAAACAAACCCUGGCAGCUUGGUGGUCAUAAAUUAUGACAUACCCUCUACCCCAGUCUCAGAAGAUGGAGAAGAACCAGACCCUACCAUUCCUCAAUAUUCAUUGUUCCAAAGAAUUUUCAUAUCAUUUGAUGCAAUGAAAGCAGGGUUCAUUAAUGGAUGUAGGCCAUUCAUAGGGGUAGAUGGUUGUCACUUGAAGGGUCCCUAUGGUGGUGUUUUAAUUUUAGCAGUUGCCUUAGAUGGAAAUAAUGGCUUGUUUCCAUUAGCAUUGGCAGUAGUAAAGGGUGAAUGCAAGGACAGUUGGUCUUUUUUCUUGCACAACUUGAGAACAAUCAUGGAAGAUGCACUCCCUUCAAGACCAUGGACCAUCAUGUCUGAUCAACAAAGGGGCCUUGAUAAGAUUGUGAGUGACAUUAUACCAGAGGCAACUCAUAGAAGAUGUUGCAUGCACCUAUAUAACAAUUUCAUAGCCAAAUUUCCUGGUUUAAUUGUGAGGAAGCAAUUUUGGAGAGCAGCAAGGGCUUACAAUUAGAUGGAGUAUGAUCAGGCUAUGCAAGCCAUUAAGCACCUGAACAAUGAUGCUUUCAUUUGGUUGCAGAAGGUUCCAGUUGAAGGAAGGUCUAGGCUUGCAUUUGAUGGUAGGAUUAGAAGUGAUCACAUCACAAAUAACAUCACAAAUUUGAGAAGUCAGCCAAUUUUAACUAUGCUAGAAGGCAUAAGGUGCAAGUUGAUGGGUAAGUUUCAGAUGAGGUACCAAAAGGCAAUGCAAUGGAAAUCUAAUGUGACAUUGAAUGUGAAGAAACAGCUUGAGGUCACAUUGAGAUGGUCAAAGACUUGCACAGUGGAGUAUGCAGAAGGCAAUGAGUAUGAGGUGAAGGAUAAUGAGGGGGUUAAUCACAUUGUCCAUAUUGGGGCUAUGACUUGUGUAUGUAGACAAUGGGAAAUAUCUGGUCUUCCAUGCAAGCAUGAUGUGGCUGCAAUUUCUCACAGUAGGUUAAACAUAGAAGAUUUUGUCCACCUUUACUAUUCUAAGGCAACGUACUUGAGAGCCAAUGGUGGAAUGAUACAUCCCAUCUUAGACCAUAGCCUGUGGACACUUAUACCUGGGGACCCCUUACAACUCCCACCACUGAAAAGAUUGUUAGAAAGGCCAAGGACUUCAAGAAAGAGGGCUGCUCAUGAGCCACCAGCUGGAACAAGUCAGAGCAAAAGGUCUAGUACCUUGAGAUGCAAAUGGUGCAUGCAAUUUGGACACAACAAGAGAACUUGCCAAAGAGGUCCAGCCAGGGGUGAAGCAUCUGCUGCUGGUAGGAGCAGUGGCACAUCCAGUGGUAGAGGCAGUGCCAAAACUACUGGUAGGGGCAAUGGCAGAUCUGUGAGUAGGGGCAGAGGUAGAGGCAAUUCAAGUGGGAGAGGUAGUUCAGCUAAAAAGGGCAAUGCAAGUGGUAGAGGCAAUGUAAGUGGUAGAGGCAAUUCAAGUGGGAGGGACAGUUCAGCUGGGAGGGGAAAUACAACUACAAGAGGAAGUUCAGCUGGGAAGGGAAGUUCAAGUGGGAGAGGUAAGGGGAAAGCCAACCAAGCACAAGAUAUUCCAAGAGGGACCCCCGCAAUGCCUACUCAGUGUGUGACACAGGUCACACAACAUCAUAUAACUUAGCUAAACUGAUGAUAUUUUGGGUACAAGGAUUAACAUAGGUUGAAGGUAUAAAAUAUAUGUUGCUUGAUUGUAUAGUUAGUGAGGAUCAUUGUAGGAACCCACAUUUUAUGUCUUCGUCAUGUUCAUGAGCAUCUGUAUGAUUAGGACUUGUUAAGCUUGCAUGUGUAUGUUUGUGACUUGUUC